UGGUAUAAACACAGAAGAGAUGGACGUUCCGCUACUUCGCUUCUACUACUUGCAAGCUUCCUUUUUUGUGCUUUUUAUUUUGAGAUUUGCAAAGCACAAUUGUCUAGGUCCAGUUUGGAGUAGUGCCUGUGUGAGCUGGUGAGACAACACAAGACAGACACCAAUAUGCCAGAUACGGUGAUCAUGGCAGAAAUGGAGGACAUUGCUGACCGCUUGCCUGUUGAAGAGGAAGACGAGGAGUCCGAGAGAGAUGAAGAGGAGAGAGAAUUUGACUGGGUGGUGGACGAGGCUGAUGAACUCGAUGAGGAUGCAGUUCUUCUGGACACUGAAGAAGAGCCCUUUGAGUUGGACCAGCCAGCUGAGCGCAGUGGCCACAUAGCAGUGGUGGGUGGCCACUGCAUGUAUGUUUGGGGAGGAUAUAAGAAUUCCCAGACCACUGGCUUCAUUGACUUAUACUUGCCAAGGAAUGAAAUCUGGAUAUACAACAUGGAGACAGAACAAUGGUAA